AUGCAACAACUCAAAGACAUCACCAGUGGAGGAGAAAAAGCGAUUGAUAGAAUCAUCAAAAUCAUCGAUGAGACUCCGAGUUUAGGGCACAUUAAUAAAACGCAGCUCACAACCAUGUUACAUUUUUUGGAGGUGGAAGCAGAGGUCAAAGACAAGGCAUUGAAAAUAAAGCUGGAGGAAACAAAAGCAUGCAGAGAAAUUCUAUCCAAGUUGCAAUGUGCACAAAAACAAAGCGAAACCGAUAUUAAACUAAUCAAUAAUAAUAGAGAUAGACUAAAAAUUGCAGUAGAAACUCUUAAAGCAAGGACAGAAGAGAUCAAACGAGAAGAUGACAUCUUGCUCGAAACAAUUUUGGAACACAGAAGGAGUAUAUUGGAUUUGGAAAAUUUUGCAAAACAACAGGAAUCUAUGAUCAAAGAAACCAGACAGGAAACCAAAGCAUAUCUCGACACUAAUGCCGAGCUGAAUCAAAUCAAGGAAACUACCUUGAAGGAACGAUUUUUGAGGAUUAACCAAAAAGAAAGAGCAAUGGACCGAUUUAAACGACACGUCACCAUUGUAAGGAAAAACCUUAUUCAUGACCCUUAUCUAUUCUUUGGUGCUGCCGAUGCAGAGCAAGGAGCAGACAUUGCAGAGAGAAACGAAUUAGUGUUCGGUAAUAAUUUUGGGGCAAAUGCGAAGGAAAGGUUCAAAAAGAGGAGGAAUAGCACUGGGAAUAUCAUGAAGAAUUAA